AUGUCUACAGCCGGUAAAGUUAUCAAGUGUCAAGCGGCCGUGGCAUGGGAGGCCGGCAAGCCUCUAUCCAUUGAAGAGAUAGAAGUAGAUCCUCCUAAAGCUGGUGAAGUUCGCGUCAAGAUCACCGCUACUGGAGUCUGCCAUACUGACGCGUAUACCCUCUCCGGCAAGGACCCCGAGGGCGUUUUCCCUGUAGUGCUGGGCCAUGAAGGCGGAGGUAUCGUCGAGAGUGUCGGUGAAGGUGUUACCUCCGUGAAGCCCGGAGAUCACGUCGUGCCUCUGUACGUACCACAGUGCAACACCUGUAAGUUCUGCUUGAACCCUAAGACUAACCUAUGUCAGAAGGUGCGCGUGACACAGGGCCAGGGUGUCAUGCCCGACGGCACCCGCCGCUUCCGCUGCAAAGGACAAGAACUGUACCACUUCAUGGGAUGUUCCACAUUCAGUGAAUAUACUGUUGUUCUAGAAAUUUCUCUGUGCAAAGUCAAUGAAGCAGCAGCUUUAGAUAAAGUAUGCUUGCUGGGCUGCGGAGUCCCCACUGGCUAUGGAGCUGCCAUGAACACAGCUAAGGUAGAACCUGGAUCAAACUGUGCCAUCUUUGGUCUGGGAGCCGUGGGUCUGGCUGUAGCAUUAGGAUGUAAGGCAGCGGGAGCCAAGCGUAUCAUUGGAGUGGACAUCAACCCUGACAAGUUUGAAGUUGCUAAGAAGUUUGGAGUGAAUGAAUUUGUGAAUCCCAAAGAUUAUGACAAACCCAUCCAACAAGUACUGGUUGACUUAACUGAUGGAGGUCUAGAUUAUACUUUUGAGUGCAUUGGCAAUGUGAACACCAUGCGUGCUGCCUUGGAAGCAUGUCACAAGGGCUGGGGAGUCUCUGUUAUCAUUGGUGUGGCCGCAGCCGGAGAAGAGAUCAGCACCCGACCAUUCCAGCUGGUUACUGGACGUACCUGGAAAGGAACAGCUUUCGGAGGUUACAAGAGCCGUGAUAAUGUACCAAAACUUGUUGAUGAAUACUUGGCAAACAAACUUCCUCUGGAUGCAUUUGUAACUCACAAUGUGCCUCUUAAAGAAAUCAAUGAGGCAUUCCACUUGAUGCAUGAAGGAAAAUCCAUCCGUGCUGUUGUACAAUUGUAA